GAGGAAAAACCUGCUUACACCUGGUGGCUUGGGUUGGGGUCAAUCGGCGAGUGUGUGUCUCUGUAUGUGGAGGGCGCCCUCCGCGGGCGUGGGAGCCGUUUCUUAGGGAGGCAGAUAGGAUUUGUUUAGAGAUGGAUUUUAGCGCAAGGAAAAGAACAUCAUUUGUUCUGCAGGGACGGGUGAGCAAACGCGUUUAGCCAGGGAGGAGCGAGGCACAGCCGUUUCUUCCGCAGACGGGUGUUAGCUGUGUCUGCUGUCCAGGGUCCAGCAGGACUGCUGAGACCCGACCCUUGAACCAAUUGCAGAUGCAAUCUAGCUCCAUUUCAAGGGCAUAACCUUCAGUAGCAGAACAAAUCAGGCCAGCCAGCACGCUGCCAAGUCCUGUGGGCUCCUUGUCAAGGAAAACAGCUGGCCCCAUUUCUAAUCAACAUCUCCCCCACAAAAACACUGCUGGGUCACUGAAGGAGACUAGACUAGAAUUUGAAAAUUUCCAAAGACUCGCAAUAGACAUUGAGUGCAAAAGGAUACUUACUUUGUCUUUGCCCGCAUCUGCUCUAUUUGGGAGACGAGAAGGAGAAUCACCCAAGGAGUCACACGAACAGAUUCUACAUUUAGACCUCUACAUAUAUAAUGGGUGAUGGUUAUUGAAACAGCCCAAACCUCUACCAAGGAGUGAGAGAUAUAGCUUGAGAGGUGACCAGGCAGUCCCAGGACUAAGGAAUGGAUGACUACAAGUACCAGGACAACUAUGAGGGCCAUGCCCCCAGUGAUGGCUAUUACCGUGGCAACGAGUCCAACCCAGAGGAGGAUGCACAGAGUGAUGUUACAGAGGGCCACGAUGAGGAGGAUGAGAUCUAUGAGGGGGAGUACCAGGGCAUCCCUCACCCAGAUGAUGUCAAGGCCAAGCAGGCCAAGAUGGCACCCUCCAGAGCCGAUGGCCUUCGGGGCCAAGCUGACCUGAUGGCUGAGAGGUUGGAAGACGAGGAGCAGUUGGCCCACCAGUACGAGAACAUCAUCGAGGAGUGUGGCCACGGGCGUUUCCAGUGGAUCCUCUUUUUCGUCUUGGGUUUGGCUCUGAUGGCCGACGGAGUGGAGGUGUUCGUGGUGAGUUUUGUCCUGCCCAGUGCAGAGAAGGACAUGUGUCUGUCCAGUUCCAAAAAAGGAAUGCUCGGGGUGAUAGUCUACCUAGGAAUGAUGGCGGGGGCCUUCGUGCUGGGGGGCCUGGCCGAUAAGCUGGGGAGGAAGAGAGUCCUCAGCAUGUCUCUGGCCCUCAACGCCUCCUUCGCCUCUCUCUCCUCCUUCGUGCAGGGAUAUGGAGCCUUCCUCUUCUGCCGACUCCUCUCAGGCAUAGGGAUUGGGGGUGCUCUGCCCAUUGUUUUUGCCUAUUUUUCUGAAUUCUUGUCUCGGGAGAAGCGAGGAGAACACCUCAGUUGGCUGGGCAUCUUCUGGAUGACAGGGGGCAUUUAUGCAUCUGCCAUGGCCUGGAGCAUCAUUCCACACUAUGGCUGGGGCUUCAGCAUGGGCACCAAUUACCACUUCCACAGCUGGCGGGUGUUUGUCAUCAUCUGCGCUCUGCCCUGCACCGUGUCCAUGGUGGCCCUGAGGUUCAUGCCAGAGAGCCCACGGUUCCUGCUGGAGAUGGGCAAACAUGACGAAGCCUGGAUGAUCCUCAAGCAAGUGCAUGACACCAACAUGAGGGCGAAGGGGGCCCCCGAGAAGGUGUUCACGGUGUCCCACAUCAAAACUCCCAAGCAAAUGGAUGAAUUCAUUGAGAUCCAAAGUUCAACAGGAACUUGGUACCAGCGCUGGCUGGUCAGGUUCAAGACCACUUUCAAGCAGGUCUGGGAUAAUGCUAUGUACUGCGUGAUGGGACCCUACAGGAUGAACACACUGAUUCUGGCCGUGGUCUGGUUCACCAUGGCUUUAAGCUACUAUGGACUGACGGUUUGGUUCCCUGACAUGAUUCGGUAUUUUCAAGACGCAGAAUACAAGUCCAAAAUGAAGGUGUUUGUCGGUGAGCACGUAUACGAUGCCACCAUCAACUUCACGAUGGAGAAUCAGAUUCACCGACGCGGGAAACUUGUGAACGACAAGUUCACAAAGAUGUACUUUAAACACGUACUCUUUGAGGACACAUUCUUUGAUGAGUGCUAUUUUCAAGAUGUUACAUCUACUGAUACCUAUUUCAAAAACUGCACCAUUGAAUCAACCACCUUCUACAACACAGACCUCUACGAGCAUAAGUUCAUCAACUGCCGGUUUAUCAACAGCACCUUUCUGAAGCAGAAAGAAGGCUGCCACAUGGACUUUGAGCAAGAUAAUGACUUCCUGAUUUACCUCGUCAGCUUCCUUGGCAGUCUGUCUGUGUUGCCUGGGAACAUCAUUUCUGCUCUGCUCAUGGACAAAGUUGGAAGACUCAAGAUGAUCGGUGGCUCCAUGCUAAUCUCUGCGGUCUGCUGCUUCUUCCUGUUUUUCGGCAACAGCGAGUCUGAGAUGAUUGGCUGGCAGUGCCUGUUCUGUGGGACCAGCAUUGCAGCCUGGAAUGCUCUGGAUGUGAUCACGGUGGAACUAUAUCCUACCAACCAGAGGGCCACGGCCUUUGGCAUCCUCAAUGGAUUAUGCAAAUUUGGAGCCAUCCUGGGAAACACCAUCUUUGCUUCUUUUGUUGGGAUAACCGUAGUGGUCCCCAUCCUUCUGGCUGCUGCCUCUCUUGUCGGGGGUGGCCUGAUCGCUCUUCGACUGCCAGAGACCCGAGAACAGGUCCUGAUGUGAACACCCUCUGGGGAAAGAAAAUGUUGGAAGAAUCUUAUCCAGGAACCUUCGAUGUGCCCACGCUUCCUGUCUGUCACUGUCCAGAGGACACUGUCUGGCGAACUCAGGAGGAGAAGUCGAUUUUGGGACUCCUAGUUUAGGAUCCAUUUCAGCUGUCAAUAUGCUUGUAACUCAGGUGACUGAUUUGGGGGUGUCCUGAAUCACCUUUAUAAUCCCAGAGCUGUGUUCUUGGCUUCAGGUCUCCCCAGCCCAGAGCAGGGGAAGAGGGAUAACACCUUCCAGAGGGUGCACACGCUGACCAAGGAGUGUGUGUUCCCCAAUGGGGAGGUGCGAGGACUUAUUUGCAUUUCAGAAUGAAUUUGAGGGUGAGAAACAUUUAAGCUCCUCCUCCGUAAAGUUCCUUGGAGCCCAAUGACCUAGCAAACUGACUUGCCAGGAAAUUAGAGUCAUAUAAAUAGUGGGCUUGAAAAACAGGAUACUUAUAUUUUUGCACUGAAAAGUGUCACCGGUCAUAUGUUCCAUUUGAAAAUUGGCACAAUAGCAUUGAAGAUACUCUAAUAUAGAAAACCAAAUAUUUGAGCAAUAUCUAUAGAAAUCUACUCACCUCCCACCAGGUGUCCUAAGUUUCCCAUGAUGAUCAAAUGGUAAAUUUAAGGAUGCUAUUUAUUCCUGCUUCGAUCUAUUCAAAGAGACUUAGGUAUCCUGUAAACUAACUUUGUACAUAACUAUAUUCGGAUUUAAUUUGCGGAAGUGGUAUCUGCAGAUAUUUGCCAGAAUUUUAGCCAUAUUUUGGGGGGGAGUUGGCGUUUGAGGUCCCAGGAAAUUGGGUCUGAUUGAAUGAAAUGCAAGCACAAUAUCUUAUAGCCAUUUAACUCGCUGUCAGGAGGAUGCACUUGGCAAACUCACGUUGUACAGUUCAUUUAACCCAGGCGCUGUUCUUCGUGUAGGUGGAGUAGAUACUUUUCUCUCUUACACAGAUCACUUGUGAAACUCAAGUUCGCCAACGUGGGCCCCGGCAUUUGACGUGGCUGCUCACCCGGAAACAGCGUGAGAAGGGGUUUUUGGACCUCCCUUUGGAGACGAGAAUAAAAUGCAGCGGACAACAGGGGCGAUUGAGGGAGGGAAGUGUAGCCACAGUUCUCCAAAGCGUAAAUUCUUUCUGUUUCUUUCAACCGUAAAACACGAUCCGUGUUUGUUAUCAUGGCAGGAGAAAUCUGUGCUACGUGUCCCGGUUCAGGACUUUUGAAACAGAUGUCACUGGCAUGGGAAUUAGGGAAUGUAGUGGAUGUCAAAGAUGUUUCCCUUCCGUGUUCCAACAGAACUCUUUCCUGAGACCCGUUUGGAGCAUGAACCGGGGUGGGGAACCUGGGAAAAUACUGCUUUGGACAAAGAUCAGCAAUAGACUGAAGUCUUGACAACACAGGAAAGGAACGUUUCGGACACCAGAACUGUCUAGCAUGGAAGGACGGUGAGCUAUGAGCUCAUGCCCCUGGGGGUGAACUGGCCGAGGCCAGGAGAGUAUCAGUUUGCAAGAACUUGUUGUUUAAGUUGAUUUCCAGUGUUCUCAGUGCUGCGAAUGUCAUAUGUUCCCUACCAGAAAUCUCCAAAAAUUUAAACAGGAUAAUGAUGACCACAUGGAGUGUUUUGUCAGAUUUAGAGAAACGCUUGGGCCCCACGAUAGCUUCAGGCCAUCUUUCUGUUAUUCUCUGGAGUAACAAACAGGUCAACUGAAGGAAAGAGUAAAUAUUAUGAAACCUUUCUACCCUGGAACUGAGAUCAGUUUUAAUGGUUAAAAUGUUUACUCUGCUUCUCUUGUCCCCUACCUCUUUCUUCACUAUUCUUUUUUUCCUGCCCAGGGAAGGAAGACAUCUUAACGCUGAUUUGAUACCCUGAUUCCCCCAAAUAUAUAAACAUACUAUUGUGGAUUAACGUUUCUCUGUGUUUUACAAGAGCUACCUAACGUAAAUGCUACGUUGAUAAUGAGAAGCCCCAUGUAACAUAGCUGUAAUAUACUUUCCACUGUAAACUGGAGGUGGUCACAUCCCUUGUAACAUUAUUCUUCAAUGGGAUACAAUUUAAUCAGCUGCCGGUUAAGAAAUUUAGAAAGCAGUUAGCGUCUGCAUUUCUAGUGAAAAUGGAUCUUGCACAUUUAACAUCUGAUUCGUUUUUGAGUGUUGAGGUGGCUGCCAUUAUUUGGGGGUCACUUCUGUAUUACCUUUAUGGCUCCUUCAACUGACCACCUAACCAACCAAGGGCAAUUCCCGUCUCAUCCAUCACGUAAGCCUUUGUAAAGGGUGCAGCCAUGCCCUGCAGCCUUUCCUCUUGAAGAAUUGCCUGGCACUGGUACCCGGCCACUUCUCAAGUGCAGUCAUUACUGCUGAGAUAAAUGCGUCUUUAAAAAUAGUCUCUGUGGCAGGUCAUUGGGGGUGGGGGGCGGGGAUCAUGCACAGCAUAUCUGGCCAGGCACUUCUUUUUCGUUUUGCAUUCCACCUGGAGAAACUACCGAUGGCAUCCUUGGAGAGUAGAAGGAUGAAGCUCUCCUUCGUUGAGCGAAACUGUUCCCAGUUCAUGAUGUAUUUUAUGAUGCUCAUUUUGGGAGUAGUUACUUUUAACAGCCUCCACUGUGUUGUGUAAUCUCCUGAUGCUGAUUUUUGACCUUCUGUUUUAUUGGAAAUAAUUAGUGAAAGGGGUGUGCCUAUUUGUGAAGUAGCACAUGCACCCGAGGUCAUAAAUAACCACAUCCCCAGGAUUCCCCGUGACCUUGUAUUAGCUCAUUAAAAAUAAUAAUAAAAAUCAUUGUAAACAAA